GCGGGGAAGUUACCAAUUAGUUACCAAUAUGUCAACAUAACCUUCUGAACGCAUGAUAUUGGGACAGAGAAGUUGUCUCUGUUUGAAACUACAACUAGAACAACUUUCAUUCCAGAUUGUUCCCAAAAUUUUAUCUUAUUUUUAACUUCCAACUUAAUUAAUCUUUUAACAAAAAUGCUUUUAUUCUGCCCCACUUGUGGGAACUGUUUGAUUGCUGCAGAGGGUGCUAUCCGAAUGAAGUUUCAAUGCAAUACUUGCCCCUUUAAAUACGAUGUUACGAAGAGAAUUACAAGGAAAACAUACCCCAAAUUAAAGGAGCUGGAUGAUGUCUUAGGCGGUGCUGCCGCUUGGGAAAAUGUUGAUUCAACGGAGGAGAGGUGUCCAAAGUGUUCUCAUCCAAGGGCGUACUUCAUGCAGAUUCAGACAAGAUCAGCUGAUGAACCUAUGACAACAUUUUAUAAAUGCUGUAACCAUCAGUGUGCACAUAAUUGGAGGGAAUGACAGUGUUUUUUCAACGUUGCCUUUUAUAAUAUUUUAGGAAUGAACAUUUUAUGUGCUCCAGUGUUUGCAUAUUUAUCAAAUAAAAUUUUUAAAUUAUGAA